AAUUUAACGUCCGCGAAGUGAAGAAAUAUUGAAAUAAUACACGCUGCGCUUUAGAAGACGAGCUAUUUUUGUCUCGCAAAAUGCCGGACUACCUUGGAGACGACCAGAGACGAAUCAAGAGCGAUGCGGGGGACAGCGAUAAGAUACAGAGUUUGGACGAGGGGGACAUUCAGCUUCUAAAGGCCUACGGCUCAGGUCCAUACACCCAGAGAGUGAAGGAGAUCGAAGACGACAUUCAGGCCAAGAUCAAGUCGGUGAACGAGGCAGCUGGCAUCAAGGAGUCGGACACGGGGCUGGCAAUCCCUGCCCUUUGGGACUUGGCCGCUGACAAACAGGCUCUUCAGACUGAGGAACCACUUCAGGUUGCAAGGUGUACUAAGAUCAUUGAUGCCAACACGGAGCACCCGAAGUUCAUGAUACACGUGAAGCAGUUUGCCAAGUUUGUCGUAAAUCUCCACAAGAAUCUGGCUCCUACUGACGUGGAGGAGGGAAUGAGAGUUGGUGUUGGAGAUAGAAACAAAUAUGAGAUCCAUCUUCCUCUGCCACCCAAGAUCGAUCCCACGGUGACCAUGAUGCAGGUGGAGGAGAAACCUGACGUCACCUACAACGAUGUCGGAGGUUGCAAGGAACAGAUAACGAAACUGAAAGAGGUUGUGGAGACACCUCUACUGCAUCCCGAGAGAUUCGUCAAUCUCGGUAUCGAACCGCCAAAAGGUGUCCUCCUUUUCGGUCCUCCGGGCACGGGGAAGACCCUGCUCGCUAGGGCAGUCGCAAACCGGACUGACGCGUGUUUCAUUCGCGUCAUCGGCUCCGAGUUGGUUCAGAAGUAUGUUGGAGAGGGAGCCAGGAUGGUUAGAGAGCUGUUCGAAAUGGCUCGGACAAAGAAAGCCUGCAUCAUCUUCUUUGAUGAGAUUGACGCAAUUGGUGGAACGAGAUUCUCUGAUGGUGACGGCAGCUCAAACGAGGUCCAGCGAACUAUGCUGGAGCUGAUAAACCAGUUGGACGGGUUUGAUCCCCGUGGCAACAUCAAGGUUCUCAUGGCAACCAACAGACCUGAUACAUUGGACCCUGCUCUACUCCGACCUGGCAGGAUGGAUCGGAAGGUGGAGUUUGGACUUCCUGACCUUGAGGGGCGCAGUCACAUAUUCAAGAUCCAUGCUGCAAAGAUGAGCAUCGAGAAGGGGAUUAGAUUUGAGCUGCUGGCCCGCCUUUGUCCUAACAGUACUGGUGCCGAAAUAUGCAGCGUGUGUACUGAGGCUGGAAUGUUUGCAAUUCGUGCUAGAAGAAAGGUAUAAUAUAAUAUAAUAUCUAUUAUUGGAAGUUUAUACAGUGGGACACCUCUAAUAUGACACCAAUGGGAACAAAGAAGGUGUCCAU